AGCGAAUAAAAGUUGUUUAUGUCGUUCGGACAUCAGUGAGGUUAUAGUUUUGCAAUUUGUUUUUUCCAAUUGAAUUUAGUUUCUUAUCGAUUAGCGUUAAUUAAUCAAUUAUCAUGAAUACGUUGUCAUCGUUCACCCAUACCGGUGGUUCCAGAUUAACUUAUCCGCGAAACAGUUCUACACCGAGAAAGUCGAUCCUUGGCGGGCCGAAAAAACUGCCAACAUCCGGAACUUCCCGUUUUGCUAAAGGUGUCCUGCGUUUACGCGGUGGAAUGGAUUCACCCGACCAAUCCAACCAACCAGUCCGUUCAGAUAGUUCACCAUCCACAUCCCGCGAAUCGACAUCCGAUGACGAUGACACCAAGGAAAUCGCUACUGAAUGUUUUAACGAAUCGGUACGAUCAAUGUACGACUAUCUUCCUUUGAUGGUUCGCCAGCCAAUAAUUGUGAGCGAUAGAAUUGGGCGCAUCAACAGUUUGAUACAAAUAUUAGUCCCGGGAAUUGCGAUACGUCACCACUUCAAUAACAUGGACUCAACAGUCAGAAAGGUGCAACGUAGAGUUCUCAGGUCUGUGAAAAAUGCAGCUGAUGACCUACGAAGUUUGAUUACGUUCUACGGAAAUGCUCAACCGGGAACGGAAGAUAGUGUAAAAUUCGACAAUUUAAGUUCGCUUCAGGAAGAAUUGGCGUUAUUCGUCGCACAUUUUGAAAGGUAUAAGAAAAACCAUACAGAAAAACAUAAAUUGAUACGGAUAGCUUUCAAAAACGUUUCUGAACAGAACAAUCAACAUCUACAAUAGAUGCCUAAUGCUUACAUUUACCUAUCUCUUUCAGUUGAUCGCACAAUGAUUUCAAGAGUCUCCAGCGAAAUUCCAUCGAAAUAAAAUCUAAGAAAAAAUUUUGUUCAGUCUCUUUUUCAAUGGCAUUAACCCACUCCAUCCGUGUGUGCUAAGUCCGUUAAGUUCUAUAAAUUCGAAUCAUUUCAUUAAGCCAAUACUUUUAUUUAUGAAAAGUGUUUGUGCGCACAUUUUGUUGAGGAAAUUUUCAUUUCCUUUUCUGUGGGAACAAGUAAAAUUUUCCAUUUUCAACAAAAAUUCUGUUGCGUUGGAAUUACUUGUUUCAGUUAGGCCAUAUGUUUACAAAAAAAAACUUUGAGAACUUUGUCACUUCAUCUUCUUUUUCCUCGCUUUAUCUUUGCAUACAACUAAUGUUUGCAAAAAUUUAGUCAUUUUGACCUUCAAGGUUAGCGUUAAAUUGUUUAAUUUAUUUUUGGCCGGAAUCGCGUUAGGGUCAUUGAUCGUGUUACGGGUCUCGCGUUUCGUUCUUCUCGACUUGUGUUAGCCCGAAUCGCUGUUGUCGUUGUCGCAUUUGGCGGGCCCAACCGUGCUUUUGUCCUCCUUUUUUACUCACUUAGGGGAUGUCUAUAGAAUAUGUUUGCCACAUUGUUUUCAUCUUUUGAAUGAACUUUAGCGAACCAGUCAUUUCUCUCACUUUUGACUUUGUCGACGAUUGCUUUUUUUAUGUGCGAGCAUCGAAUAUGCUGACUUUUGAUGUGGUCUAAUUUUGUGAAGCCAAGGGAACUAAUUCACCACUAACUAAUUCAUGUGACAAAGUCCAACGAACUCAUACGUAUCAUUCCAUAUAAAAAAACGUUUUCUUUCUAUCGUUUUUCUUAUGUCUUUCGGGAGCUAUACAACGUAUUUGACUAAACAAAAUAAUAAUAAUUUUUUUUAAACUAUAAUAUCGUCUGGCUGUUUGUCGAACCAAUACCACAAAUCGAUCAAUUUUCAUGCAUCAAAUGAGCAAUAGAACUUUUCCUUUUCAUUAAACCAAUUGAAAAAAAAAAUGAUUCGUCAAAUUGAACAAUAGAAAAUUGGUCGAAUUGUU